AUGAGCUUUCUGGUCACCGAUUUCCCUAUCGAUCUCUCGCGAGCCAGUCUCGUGUCCGAUCUGGAGCGCCUAGUCGUCGGGGAGCUAGUGUACACCCACGAUGUAGUCCGCUCAACUAUAGUGACUAAAGAUCGGCGCGCCGGCUACAUGAACGUAGCCACCGCCAACAGCACUGACGGUAAGGUCCCUGACGAAUACGGCGACAUCAUCGGAUCGAGCCCAGGGGUCACCACGAUGUCUGUCCGCGUCCUCAUCAUCACCCCCGCCUACUGGGGCAGUAUCCGCAACGAUAGCUGGCGCGGCCGCUACGUGCAGCGCACCAUCCUAUUCUCCGCCAUCCAACUCUACCGUCUCCUGGACGAAGAAGUCUCGGGUGAGCGCCGCUGGAAGGGUCGUCUCUCCACACACCCCUACGUCUCAGACGUCUCGGAGAAGUACACGCGACGCUACUCGGAAUCCGUGCCCACGUCCGCGCCGAAGUCUGACGGCUCUCCUUCGCCCUCCCCGCCGCCGGAGACUUGUGACGGCACCUCCAAGUCGGAGACUCGGUCCGAGAUCCGCGACGUUCCCCCGUAUGAUGUCUCCCCAAGUGUCGAAGAAGGACGCGAUUCGAUGCGUCCACUGGUCACGCCGUUUGUAAGACCCACGGUCAUCCCCAUCCAGCAGAGUAACACCUCCGAGGAUAGGUUCGAGCUGGUCAUGACUAGGCGUUGGAAGCCGAAUCCGAACGAGAGCGAUGCGGUGCAUUGGAAGCAUGUGCAAGAGGAGUAA